AUGGCAUACAGAAAGUAUUUAACAUAGCUUCUAGAUCGCAAAACCUACGUUCACAAGAAGUUUAUGUUCAUUAUAAGGAAUUGGGUGGACAGAUCAAAUUUAUAAGGAACAAAAAAAAGUUUUAUAAUGAGGAUAUUGAAGAUGAUGUAUCACCAUACACAGCUCCAAUGCCAUGCAAAAUUUUAAAAAUUCUAGUUCCACAAAAUUCGAAAAUUAGUAAAAAUGAAGCUAUAUUAACUAUAGAAUCUAUGAAGAUUGAAACAAGAAUAUGCUCUAGGCAUGAUGGUGUCGUAAAGAUCUUGGUCAAGGAAGGUGAUGUUGUUGAUGCCGGAACUGUUUUGAUUAAGAUUGAACAAAAUAUGUGA